CAACACUCUCUGCUAAGAGAACUGGUAAAGGGCUGCCACCAAGAAGACCUGCGAGAAAAACUGUUCCUGCAAGAAAAACUGUACCUGCAAGUAAGCAGUCUAUUUUAUUAUUAUAAUAUAUACACUAAUAUUUUAAAGCUGCUCUACGGGAAAUUAAAUCUUAUUAUUCCGCGUACUCGUUUCCGGCAAAUAGUUCGUGAACUUGCUCAGAAAAUUAAUCCUAAGCUUCGGUUUCAAUUAUCUGCAAUUACUGCCUUACAAGAAGCAACUGAGAGUAUUCUUGUAUCUCUCCUUGGAUGUUCAAACCUCUGUGCAAUCCAUGCUCAAAGAGUUACUCUGCAGCCAAAGGAUAUUAAAUUAGUACAGACAAUUUGUAAAGAUAUGGCGCCCAGAAAAACACCUGUGGCCCCCCCUGCAAAGAAGAAGAAGGUUCACUUCCGUAAAGGCACUGUUGCACUCCGAGAAAUUCGCCGCUACCAAAGAUCGCACGAACUCUUGAUUCCUAAGCUUCCUUUCAUGCGACUUCGAAAUGCAAUUGGUGCCCUCCAGGAAGCAGCAGAGACGAUGCUUGUCGGUACUUUUAGCGCAAUUAAUCUACUGGCAAUUCAUGCCAACCGUGUUACUAUCAAGCCAAAAGAUUUCCACACUCUUGCUGGUAUUGUCUCUUGCCUUGGGGUUAAUAUGCCUCAUCUGAACUUUCAGAUCCGUGGUGCUGCGGUUGGAGGUGCUGGCUGGGAAGAAAUUGUUGGCGACAAGGGUGAAACCUUUGAUCUUAAUGCAGCAAAGGCUAAGGCGGCUGCAGAAGCCAAAAAGAAGAAGGCAGACCAGAGGAUUGGUAUGCAGUUGUUGGACAUCGCGAAGAGAAAGAAGAAGAAGAAACAGCAAGAGGCCCAAGGAGAUACUGCAGAAGGUGCCUAG